AUGGACUAUUUCAGCAAGCUACAACACUGGGUUACAAAAAAUAAAUACCAAUGCUUCUAAUAAUCAGCAGAGGACCUAUUUUUAAAAGUAGAUAUUUUCGAUUUUUCACUUAAAAGAAAAGUUAAGAGCGACCUAGACAAGGUUAAGGAGGAAAUGAAUCAGCUUAAAUAGGAUAAAGUUAAGUAGGAUUUGAAAAUCAAAAUGUUUAACAUGCAAUUUUUCUGCUAUUGGAGAGAUUAGUAAAAGGAUCUGAUAUAAAGGAUUCAUUUCGACAACACUAUGAUUUAGGACAUUUCUUAGCUUUACUUUACUAUUGAGGGCAAUGGCUUUUGCUUCUAAGGCUAAAAUGCAGUUCAGUCUAUUCAAUAGGACAAUAUCUCUGCAUUUUUGGAGGAGAGUAUAUUAUCUGAUGAGGCAUCUGGAUCAUAAUUUGGAUUUUGCAAAUAACCUGGAGGUAACAUUGGUUUAUCAUAGGCAAUCAGCAAUCCUAAUCCCUCUUCAAAUCAGAUGACUUAUUGUAUCGGCCUAAAAGAAUAGCUUAGCCAAGAAAUUAAUCAUAGCAUUGACAUAUAACUUAGCGGGGAAAGAAAUAAAAAGCUAUUCUAGGUAAUAAUAUUUGGGCCAGGGUGCAAAAGCCCAAUGAUAGUUAAGAUGUCUAGAGAAGUAUUCAAAAGAGAUAUCAAUGCUAGCACUCAAACUUAUUAUUAUCCUAUUUAGGUUAGCGUUAGAAGCGAACAAAAGUAUAGCAUUUACAUUCCAAGAAUAUUUAAUUGA